AUUUCGUGAUACCCAUCCAUUUCAUAUACCAAAGCCAGAGCCUUGUCAACGAACAACAAUCUGGUGAUGGUAAAACAAGAAAAUAAUCAUGGCGCAUGCCGCUACCCUAAGCGCAUUGACAGCAGAGUUAGUUGAAGUUAUCACCUCAACUUCAAGUCAGUCAGAUCCCGGACGUUUCAACGUUCUCAGAGAAUCAAGUUUGCGAAGGCUUAAUCAGCACAAUUUCUUACGUACGAAUCAGUUCGACGUUGAGGAGAAUCUUAAUGGCUUUGAAGAACAUUUUCGCGUCGCAAAUAAAGACAGUCUAGCCGAUGCGUUAAGGGAGCGUUUAGAUGCUCUGCCACGUAUCUCCAAUAAAUGGACCCCUGAAGUUCUUCAUCUUCUACUACAACUCGUCGAUCAACCCAUCAAAAAGUCAAAACUUGCCGACCUCAAGUUGCUGACAGAGCCCGAUGGGACUUCUGGAUCAUCUCUCACAUGGGACGAAAUUGCUAAAGAAGAAGGCUGGGACCAAGACCGCGAUAUAUGGAAGAACGUUAAGUUCGGUGGAGAUAGCUCUGACGAUGAAUAUUUUGAAGGUACUUCCGAUAUAUCAGAGGCCGAGGUCACUUCAGCAUCAACAGUCGAUGCGCAAGAUGAAGAGUUUCCCGGAAACUUGCUCGUCGAUUCCCAUGAUGAGAAUGGACUAAACCAAAUUCGAGAAACUCAGGUCUGGAGGAAUGCUGUUCCGCCAAAAGAUGCGGCCGGUAGACCUCAGAAGAUUACUAUAUCGGAGUUUCACGUAGUACGCGAAAUGCUUUGGAUGUUGAAUGGUCUGGAAAACACCCUAUUCGACGCGCAAGGGACUCCGUCACUGCAGUUUCAGAUGAAACAUUCCUCUUGGGAAGUUUACAAAGCGUUGCUAGGUUCCUUUAGUGAAGCAAAUCGGCAACUAUCUAUUAUUAGAGGGUUCGUAAAGCAAUCUCAGCAAGUACCGCUGUUGCAAGCAUUCCAGGAAGCUGUUGAGAAACGUUUACGAUCAUUUAACAACAAAAUCUCAGAUCUACAAGCCCGGUAUGUAGACAUCCAACGAGAUGUUGUCAUCAGUCUAGCAAGAGUUCUAGAUAACGUAAGACCGCAUAUACAACCUCUCGCAUGCCUUUCGGAGCUUAUUCAACAGCUUCAACAUUCCAAAUAUUCCCAUCCGUUUCAUUAUCUAGAACUCCUUUUUGAAACCGCCGAAGUCGCACAGUUAGAAGGAAGCGAAGUGAUAUAUGAAUUUAUUGCUACGCUGUUCUUCGAAUGUUUCCAGGUCUAUCUUCGAUCAAUCCGCCUUUGGAUGGAAUUUGGAGAACUCAUUGAAGGAGAUAAAACCUUCUUCAUUUCGAGCUCGUCCAGCCAGGUACCCAUGAGCCAAGUUUGGACAGAUCAAUUCAACUUACGAAAGACUGCUGAUGGCAAGCUAUAUGUACCACGGUUUCUGCAGCCAGCAGCGUCGAAGAUACUCACUACCGGCAAGAGUGUUGUCGUCCUUAAGCUCCUUGGGAAAUAUCGACCAAUCAACAGUCAUAUUCCAGAACCACCUCUGAGUGUUAAUGAAGGUUUUGCAUCUUCUUAUGGCAUAUUCACCCCAUUCUCUGAAGUUUUUAAUGACGUCUUCGAGAGGUGGAUGGAGAGUAAACAUCACGCUGCUUCCACAAUCCUUCAACGGGCCCUAUUUGAGUCCUGUGGUCUCUGGUCAAUCUUAGAUGCUCUCCAGCAAGUAUAUCUCAUGUCUAACGGGUCACGAUCCGAUCUCUUCGCUUUUGCGAUAUUCAACAAUAUUGAUAUUAUCAAUGAAAAUUGGCACGACCGCUUCAAUCUAACGGCAUUGUCCCACGAAGCGUUCAAUAACAUUUCUAAUGCUCAUCGGAUAGGUGCUAGUGUAUCCUCAGAUGGCCUGACAGACAAUGUAAAGGACGUUCGAAAAUCCGUUCGGAAAGGUCUGUCAUCGGUUCGGAUCGUCUACCGUCUAUCCUGGCCUAUUCGUAUCGUCUUAUCGAACGAAAGCCUUGCCCAGUAUCAAGCAGCCUUCACAUUUUUGUUGCAACUCCGACGAGCCACUUACGUCCUUCACAAGUAUCGCCUAGUGUCUGACGGCAUUGCGGGUACGGCAAAUACGUCAUCGGGUCAAUCAACUUACUAUGGGCUACGGACAAGACUCCUUUGGUUGUGUAACACACUUCAUUCCUAUCUUGGCACGAUAGUCCUAGGACCACUAACAGCCGAACUUCAAAAGAAUAUCCAACAAGCAGAAGACGUAGCUGCAAUGAUCGCAACGCACAAUGCGUUUGCGAAACAAAUGGUCAGUGAAAUGUGCCUAGGUAGAAAGCUUGAUCCUAUUCGAGAAUGUAUUCUGGACAUGUUCGAUCUUGCGAUUAGGCUUCAGGAUGCACGCCAAUCAGAGUCCGAAAGGGAGCAAGAAGAGGAACAGGAAUUAUCACGAUUAUCAGUGAUGUCGUCAUCUGUGAGACAUGAGAGCCGGAGAUACGUCGAGACAGGUGAAGAGGAAGACGAAACAUUCCUCCUCGAUCAGGACAGAACUCUAAUGCUGCAGGAUACAGAGAAGACAUUCCCUGAAGUUCUUAGAGAAAUCCGAGCAGACUAUGAUCGUCACCUAAAAUUCAUUGCAAGUGGCUUGGGGGGGGUUGCGAGAGCUAGCAGUGACGCCGCCGCAGGAAAAUGGGGCCUAUUAGCAGAAAUGCUCGAAGUCGGAAUCCAGGAACGUCGGUAAAGCAGUAGGCGCAAGAUUGGCAAGUUUACCCUCACCAACAGCCCAAGGAAAAAAUAAUAAAUAAGCUCAUAAC